AUGUCCAAAGCGGCUGCGUUCCUAAACGAUCCGCCGUCGGUGGACGAUCGCCCGAGCUUCGAGACCAUCCUCAAGCACGGGCACCAGGACCUCGUGCAGGCGGUCGCCUUCAACGGCCACGGCGACCGCUGCGCGACGGGGUCAGUCGAUGGCAGGAUCCGCGUCUUCAACCGCCACAAGGACGGCACCUGGCGCCUGUGCGACACGUGGGCUGCCCAUGCGAGUGAGAUUCUCGAGAUCCAAUGGCUCCCAACAAUCAUCUACCCCAAUCUUCUGGCCUCCCUCGGCAUCGAGGGCCGCUUCAAGCUCUGGGCCGAAGACCCCUCCGCCGCCCAAGGCCGCCGCUUUAGCGAAUCCACCCGUAGCGGGCCGCUGAUCACAAUCCCCGCGCGCGCACUCUACCCGCACGCCACCACCAGCCACCCCGGCGUGCCCACGACCGGGCCCGGCAGCCCAGCGCCGGUACCCCCGACAUCGUCGGACACACUCGCCGGAGGAGCAGCAGCAGGAGGAGGAGGAGGAGGUGGCGCACCGCAAGUGAAACCGGCCUUCGAGCUCCGCAACCCGCGCUCGCCCUACCGCUCUUUCUCCAUCAAGCACCUCGACGACUCGCACAUCACCUACCUGGCGCUGCUCUCGGCCGACGGCAGCCUGACUGUCUACGAGAACGAGCGGGUCGAGAACCUCGCCCAGUUCACCCUCCUCGACGAGUUCUCCACCAUCAACAACACGAGCAUCAUCUCUUCCGCCACCGCAACCGCUCCGCUAACAACAACAGCAACUGGUGCUACUACGACAACUACUACCGCAACAGGAGGAGGAACUGGAGGUAUAGGAGCAGCCGCAGCCGCAACAGCAGGGACAGGAGCAGGAGGAGAAGAAAGCCACCAGCGAACCCCGCGCGUCGCGGCCCGCGGCGAGGAGACGUCCUUCCGCGUGCGGUUCGACCCGAACCCGGAGGUGUGCUACACGGCGCUCCGCGCCGGGGUCCCUUCGGACGCGCUCGGCCUAGUCGUCGCCGUGAUGGACUCGGUGCGGGUGUACCGGACGCGGGACAUGAUCCGCACGUCGCUGGGCGUGGCGGCCGCGUGGAAGGGGUUCUACCUCGCAGCCGAGGUGGUCGGCGCCGAGGCCGAGGGCGUGCAUCGCGGCCUGGUGCGCGACGUGGCCUGGGCGCCGGGGAAUAUCCGGGGGUAUGACAUCAUUGCUACGGCGUGCCGGGACGGGUUUGUGAGGGUGUUCCGGCUGGAUGCCGUCCCCUCGUCGGCGGCGCCGGGACGAGAGGAUGAUGAGAGCGGGGAGAGGGGGAAGUGGGCCGCCGACAGGGUCAAGAAGCACGCUCACCGCCGUAGCGGCGGCGAGGUGAACAACGACGGCACUGGUACCGGUACGGCGCGGGCCUCGCUCAUGGCGUCGUCUGCCAUCCGCGCCGGGCUGGAUCAGAGCAGGGAGAGCCUGGAGCGGCGGACGGGGAACCUGCCCGGGCGCAUACGGCAUGUCAUGACGGAGAUCUCGAAGCUGGACAGCCAUCGCACGCCCGUGUGGAGGGUUGGCUUCGACGAUGAUGGGCAGAUCUUGGGGAGUGUCGGCGACGAGGGCAAGCUCAUGUGCUACCGCCAGAGACCGGACGGCACGUGGGCCAAGAGCUCGGAGAUGGCUAUGGUCAAGAUGAAGAUGGCUGCGCCGUGA